AAUCCCGUGACUCCACCCAGCCCGGCCGUUAUUCGCGUUAAGAAUCGAACCACUCUGAGCUUCGCCUUAAAAAGGAGGGAGGGCUGCCCGGGAGCGGCGGACAACCCCGAGGAGCUGUCUCCGUUACGCGUGGUGCUGAAAGUCUCCCCUCGCGCGCGUCAUGUGGUCGGUUUUCUUUGUCUUCCUGUCCUAUCUGGACAGGAACGUGGUCAGGGGAGACUUCCUGAGCCGCGCCGUGGACGCGGAGAAGGAGAGCAAGGAGAUGUUCUCCAUGAUCAACGGGACCUUCUGCGCAAAGAUGUCCCUGAUCGGGGAGAACUACCUCUACCAGGUGUCGGACGGAGCCGAGGUGGUGCGCACGGUGGUCAGCCCCGCCGGAAAGCUCGUCAACUGCUCCGUUGUGGUGAACCAGAUGGAGGUGAAGUCGUUCAUGCAUGAGUGCAGGUUGGGGCUGCGGGGGCAGAGAGGCGGGGCGCGGCCGCUGGAGGCGCCUUUUACGCACGUGGGUGAGGCUAAAACGAUGUGUCGGGAGUUUAAAGAGAGAUCAGGGCGCAGCGGUAGCGCGAGGAAGGAGGGGAAAGGAGAGGUUCUGAAAAGAUCCAAGAGAGGGUUCACCUACCCAGGGACCCUUUGGUGUGGAGCCGGAAACAUGGCGGAUAACUUUAACCAGCUGGGAGAGUUUGCAGAAACGGACAGCUGCUGUCGAACUCACGAUCACUGCCCCAACGUCAUCCACGCCUUCUCCUCCAACUACGGAUACACCAACUUCAAGUGGCACUCCAUCUGUCACUGUGACUGCGAUGAAGCGUUGAAAGCGUGUCUGAGAAAAGUCAACGACACGUCCUCCAGGGUUGUAGGUCAGGCUUUCUUCAACGUCAUAGGCGUUCCCUGCUUUGAGUUUGUCUAUGAGGAGCGCUGUGUGGAGCGCCACUGGUACGGCCUGUGUAAACGAUACGAUGAGCUCCCCAUCGCUGUGGUGAGAGAAGCAGUGUCUUACGACUACGGAGGUGUCGAUGUCAUCGAUGAGCUGGCGGUGGCUCCGCCCAGGCGCGAUGAAGAAGAGCAACCUGAGAGCAUGACCCAGAGUUCCACGUUUGCUCCGGAAGAGCCUUCGAUGAGAAACGUCGUCACUGCCGCUGAGGACUUCAUCAAGGUGCUCGCCACCGUCUCGACAUCUCAGGGCUCCAACUCCGACUCCAACAAAGAUCACACGCAAAGCUCAGAGAAGAAGAAGAAGAACGCGAAGAAGAAGAAGAAGCAAAGCAACAAAACGCCAAAAGGAAAAGGGAGGAAGAGGAAACAGAAAUCAGAUGCUGGUGUGAAAACAGAGGAGGGAGCUGCAGGUCCACCUGGCAGCAAGACAGAAGUCCUGUCCCUGAGUAACUUCAUCCGUGAGUCCAACAGGCCCGAGCAGUCGAGCAUAGAUGCCAACAGAGCCAAUGACAGAGGAUCUGAGCUCAGACCAAAAGAUGAGCCCUCCAAUGACGUCAUGAAAGAUGAACCGGCUGCAGAGAAGGAGUUGGCUUCCGUUACGCCACCUCUGAUGGUCCAGAAGAGGCCAGCGGAGUCAGAGCCGAUGAAACGGGAAACCCCUCCGCCUGCGACUUCAGACAAAGCCAGAGGACAAAAGAAGUGUAAAAGAAAGAAGAGCAAGAAGCCUCUUCCUCCUUGUUCCGAAGAUCUGGUACUAAACGCCAUCGUUUCCACCCCCAGCGAGCCUGAGCAGCAGCUCCAUGUCAGCACCGCCGUCGCCCCCGUUUCAACCCCCAAAGCCAAAAGGAAGAGGUCAAAGGAGAGAGCACACAAUGAGGAGGAGAAGAAAAGGCAGAAAUCCAGCUCUGGCGCUCCCAUUGUGCAUGCUGACCAGUCGAAUUCCUCUGAGGACGGCCUGAGAGCAAUUCUUCCCACAUCAUCCGCCCCCACGCCAGGCCAGCGGCGCUCCCAUGUUUACAGAAGCAGCAGCCAGGCUGCAGCUCUCACCUACAGCGUCCUGAGAAGGCUCAAACCCAAAGAGAGGGCCAAGAGAAACAGACGGAGGAAAACGAGUGGAAACCCACAUUUCUCCCACGGCAGCUCAGAAAACGUAGCCUCCGUUCUGACAGCUCCACCCCCCCACGCUGCACCUACGGCUGCAGUGCAGGAUGCAGAAGCUCACCGUGAACAGGAGCGUUUCACCGCACCCGACCCCACCGUCCCUUCAAAUCUACGCUGGGAUCUGAGCGGGCAGCAGAGACGUCCCACCCCAGUGACACUGGUGACCCCUUGGAUGGCCCCCGCAGCCCCCAGGAGCCCGCUGCAGGUGUCUGUGGAGAGGGCAAAAGCACAAUUUAACAGGAAGAAGAGGAGGAAGCUGCUACAUCGACAGCAAUAAGCUGCGGCUUUCAGGUGCCGGUUUAGACUAGAGAAGCAAGAAGUAGCUGAUGACAGAAAAACACGACUUUUAUCCUGCAUGUCGGUAAUAAAGUUUCUGAGUGGU